GUGACCAAGGACGAUUUUAUGAGCUUCAGCUACAUUCUAUGCAUGGACGAUAGCAAUUUGAGUGACUUGAACAGAAAAGCGAAAUCGGUAAAAAACAGCACCGCAAAGAUCGAGCUCCUCGGUUCAUAUGACCCACAGAAUGAGCUCAUCAUCAAAGACCCGUAUUAUGGGGACGACAAAGACUUUGAGAAGGUCUAUGAACAGUGUCUGCGCUGCUGCAGAGCUUUCCUGGAGAAAAACCCCUAACCCACCGCUGAGAUUCAAGGAGAAACCUGAAAUAUCAACCUGAUAUUGUCAUACGAGCACUUACCAUUAUAGUUAGUUAAACCACCGAAAGACCCAGAUAUUUUUGGAUUGUUUGAACAAAAGAUAAGAGAGCUACAGCUUAAAGUAUUUAAGAAAAAGGAAGUUUUGAGGGAUUUGUUAUUAGAAAUUAUUCAUUUUUGCAUCUUAAGUUUACAAACCAAAAACUGAAAGUUGUUGAAGAAACGCCUCAUAGUAACUUAUUGUUGCUUUUGUUAAAAAAUAUAGCUAAUAUGUUUUGUCUCCUUGUGGAAAAGCUGUUAUUUCACUGUAGUUACAAUACAAAAAUAAUUGCUUACAUUAAAUGCCCUUUUCAAGGUUUGAAACUGAAUUUGAACUUCCUAAAGUAGCAAUAAAUAUUCAUUUACAGCAAAAGUCUAUUUGGAUUUGAACAGAGAAAUGAAAUAAAGAAAUCUGCUGGAAUUC